UCUACCUUGUCCCUCUUCCCCAUUUCGUUUGAGCUGUCUGACGUUGCCAAUAAGGGCCCCUAUCACAAUACCGUAUCGUGAAAUCUUUGUAGAUGGAACAUGAAAUAGUUUACACAUAUUCUUAACCUUUGAGCAUGAAUCAGUAUUAGCCCCUUUGGUUUUGGCCAACAAAUCGUAUAUUUAAGCAAAGCUCUUUGAAACAGAAUUCUGCCUUUAAAGGCUUGGUAUGGGCUGUCUUGAUUUUCUGAUCAACUGAUACAUUGGUUGGGAUGAGGAGCAACUUCAAAGAUGUGCUAAAAUAUUUGCUCUUGAAUUGGGAGUAAAUUGAAUGUAUCUAGUGGUAUACCCGUUGCAAGUGAAUCUUAGACGAACAACCGGCUAGUUUGCUGGUUAGUCCGAUGCUUAAUAUUUUGCGUUUGUUCACAGACCACAUUAUGGCACUGAUUUAGUCAAUCGAGCGGUCAGUCGUUCGAUAUCUACUUUUUGGGCAUUCAUUUGUCAUACCACACUCGGUCUGCGAUUUUUAACCAAUAUUUAAUUUUAGACCUUUUCCAUUGCCGGACCUUCUGUGGGAACUACAUCAGCUGAUGGGGGGGUAUCUCAAGGCGGCGGAAUUGGUGAUUGCACGACAGAUACCUUCAGUAUCACCUCUCCAGGAAAUGUGGGCUCUCCAGUUAUAUGUGGAUUUAAUACCGGCCAACACAUGAUUGUGGAUGCUUCGGACGAAUGUCACAAAGCUUCGUUUGACUUUGGUGGAACCGUAACAAGCCGCCAAUUCGACAUCAAAGUCACUCAAUACGCAUGCGGAGAUGAAAAUGGAGGGCCGGAUGGUUGCCUGCAAUACUUUACUGGAAACACUGGUACAUUUGCAAGCUACAACUUUCCAACCACGGCCACUGCGCUGACCUCAACUGUGACUCACUUAUCGAACCAAUGCUACACCAUGUGCUUUCGUCAGGAACAAGGCAAAUGUGCCAUAUGCUUCCAGCCUGUCAUUACAGCAUCCAUUGCAGUAAUAGAUCAAGCAUCGUUUGGCCUUUCCCUAAGUCCAGCUGGGAUAGCUGCUGGUACUCAAGACACAAGUUGUAGUAUGGAUUAUCUCCAGAUUCCUGGUGCCGAAGAGGAUGGGGCUACAACGGUGUUCGUUGUCGGAUCCAUUGCUGAUGAAAUUCACAAUCGUAUUUGCGGCAGGUUCUUCAACCUCGAAAAUGGGAAUGACGGAGUAGGUGGAACCGAUAAUGAAGAAUCCAUUUGCACUCAACAACGCCCGUUCAGAGUUCACUUCAAAACAGACGCUGAUGAAGUAACAUUAGCAACCGCUGCUAAUAUGAAUGAUCAGGGAGUUCAUCCUGGUGGAAUUAUUGGAUUUCAUCUAAACUACGCCCUUCAAGAUUGCUGAACUGUAGAUCAGUAAACAAGUUCUAUGAUUGAUUGACCUUUGGAGCAAUGAUUUGUGAAAAUGUUUCAACGUGAAUCAUGUCUUUUCAAUAAAGUAGUUGUGAGUCUGAAUU